GAGAGAAAGACGUAAAUGGGGAUUCUCUGCUUCGUACUGGAUUUGAGAAGCCUCUCGCCUUCGCUACUUCGAGACUUAAAGCAGUCACUAUUGCAGCUGGCGAACUACUACGCUAUCUACACUCCGAGCGGCGGCAAUAGCGGCCUUAGAACUCAGUCAAAGCCGCUGCUUGAUCGAAUUGGACUUUGCUAUAUCUUCACUAAUCGCAUUUCAUGCUCCGUCGAACUGAAGGUCGCCUAUAGUCCAACAGGAAACUUCAGUCUCCGUGAUUUUCACCAUGCUGUGAACAAUUUGCCUACUGAUGCUUUUUCUCCCGAGUUUGACAUUUCUGGUUCUCUAUCUUGUACUGAUUUGAAAAUUUCAAGCAUUCUAAGUGAUAAUGUUCUAUAUUCCUGGGGAGGACAUGCUAGAGAUAUUACAAGAAAAGUGUUUUUGAUUAGUGCUUGCAUAGUUCAGCAUCUGGAUGAUGAUACCAAAAAGGUUCUCAUGGAUGCAGCAGACAUGUGUGUUUCUGUGGAGUUUAUUUUCAUUCAGCACAUAACAAACCAUCUUGGUGAUGGUGUUGAGAAUAUUAACAACUUCAUAAAGCAAAUUGGUGAUCUUGAAAAUUGCUCAUUUCGAUCCUGUCUUUCAGAUGCACAUGUGUUUUCCAGAAUGGCGAAACAAUGGUUUCAGGAGCUGAAAGAUGACAUGGAAGAACCUCUACACUCUCGGUUUAUCUUCAAGUCCAAUCUGCUAUACAAUGUCAACCAGUUGUUAUGCAACUUGUGUAGAUGUUUCAAUCCUGUAGUUGAUGGGUUCAUUCCUUGUCAGACAUGUUGGUGUCAUGGCAUUCCACUUGACAAAUCAAAUGUGGACCAGAGCAAGGGUUCUUAUUCUUGUCCAGAAACUGGACAAGAUCUUCAAGAAUUGGAUCUGAAUGAAAACUCUGUCAAAAUUGGAGAGAAUACAAUCUUGUUUAUGCCCUCCUUUGAAUGCCGUCAGAAGCUACCACAAAUAGUUUCACCAAUUGAUUUCCAUGUCAUUGAACGAACUCCUCUAGGGUCACUAAAUGAAGGGUUUAUUUUUGGUGCUUCAUAUGUUGUUGCUCCAUCAACAUUUAAUGAGUUUGAUGAGACUGACAAGUCAGAGCAAAACAAUCAACUUUUUCAAGUGAUCUGUCAUCUACUAAAUUCCCUUGAUCAGGGUUUGGUUUGUUCUUCAAAUUGCAAUGUUGAAAAUAUGAGGGAGACUUCCUUUCUCUGCUAUUACCUUCUACUGCCUUCAGAUAAAGGGAUGCUUCUCCGGCGGCUUGUGGCAUCAGAGGAAAUCUUGCCUGUUGUUGAUGCAAAUCAAUUUCCUUACCCUACAAUGGCCAAAGAAAUGGAGAGCUUGGUUCGGUCCUCUUUGCUUAAGAUUGAAGCAACUACCUACUGUCCACUACAGCAUGAGAGAGGCUUCCAUCAGAAACUAAACUUCCUUGUAAAAGAGAGUCUACAAUUUGGAGCAAUACCUCCUAAGAUUAGAGAAGCACCUGUAGACUUUUCGACUUUGAAAGACUCAGAAGAGGUUGUAGAACCAACCCAAGCAGCUGCAGUGGUUGUCACAAAAGAGAAAAUGCCACCACUAAGUGAAGAAGUACAGGAAAACGAAGCCAAUUCAUAUAUUGAAGAGGAAUGGGAACAAUUGAUUGUCACUGAACUACCCCAAAUACAUUCACCCAUACAAGUCUCCAAGCCAAAAUUGGAUCAUCCACUACCAUCACCAUCACAGAGCAACAGGCAAAUAGAUGAAAAAACUUCAAAAAUCCUGGAGAGAUUGGAGAUUCCCAGGCAGUUAAAAAAAAAAGCAGUUUCACCCAAAACCCUGGGCAUUGGCACUUCUCAGACAUGCAUGCUUACUAAGAAGCCUCUUAUCCCUUACGGGCCUUCUCGUGCUGAUGAUCAGAGUACAUUGGCCAGCCAACCAAUAAAGCCCAAUUUCCAAAAGCUAAAGAGGAAAAGAUAAUUGAAGGAAAUUCUUAUGUCGAGUCCAAUGUCGCCCUGCACCAAAAUGUUCACGAGUUUCUCUUUUAUUUGUUGUUGUUGCUGCUGUUCUUAUUUUUCUGGUAUCUCUAUACAAGACAAAGAGGAGAGUACCCUCAAACUCUUGCAUGAAGGAACUGUAAAUUCCAUUUUUAACCUAACUGGAGGUACGUUUUGAAGUUCAAUUCAUCUCUAUGCCAUGGCUAGCAUUUUUUCUCUUUUAUGCACAUGCACUAGCAUGAAUUUAAUCUUCACCUGGAAUAUCACAUUGCUUAAAAUAGAUAACAUGUUAGCCAUGGCAUAGAGCUCAACCUAGAAAAUCUGGACAUCUUAGGAGUUUUAGAUGAUGUCAAGAUGUCUCUCCUCUCUCACAUCUCAAGCUAAUUGCCUAGUUUGCAAGCACUAGCUUGGGAAAGCGGACAAAAUUUAGACAUUUAUUUAACUUGCACAGCGACAUCAAAAAAUCUGGAUGCGUGCAUUAUCUGCAAAAGAUAGAGAUGAGAGUUUUACGGCAUAGCGAAACGUUAGAUUGAUGUUGCUUUUUAACUUUUUGAGUUAGACCAUUCCAUGAUUGAGCUUCUUUUUCCAAAUAAUGCUGUGUGAUUGAAGGCCCAUUGGUCCUGAAUACUAAAGUGGCAUCCUUUAAGUGAAAGAAAUAUCAUGUUGGAUGAGACUAAUACGAAGGUGAUAUGAUGCUCAUAAGUUGCUGAUUCCAGAAUCAGGAAAGGUGACGUAGGACUGGAGACGUGUUAUGACCAUUUGUGUAACUACCUGUCUGGAAGCAGAUAUUCCACUUUAGAUCAAGAUGAUUCGUUUAUCGUAAUAGUGAUUGUGGGAAAUUGCAUCUUGUAAUUAGGCCCCACACGUGCUGUUAUAUGCGUUAGGGAGGUUGCUGGAUGGACGAUCCUGUGCUUCCGCGUCCCCAUCAACCUUGUAAAGUUAAGCAGGCUUCCCUGUCGACUUGUUGAAUCUGUAACUGGUAGGUGCUUGCUUGAAUCCA